CGUCGCAGCAAGCUACGCAUCCCGUCAGUAUUUUCUGGCCCUCAGCAGCUUCUGAAAUUCGUCAUCGAGCAACUUUGUUCGAUAUCUGCCAGCGGUCGUUCGGACCCCUCGUACAGUGCCCCUCACCAAUGAUUUCGAUGCGUAGAAAAGCACAACACGAUAAACCCGCACUACUUUCAUCGCUCAGAUUCUACUCACUUCAUUGGACAGUCUCGCAUCUCUCAAAUUUCAGGUAUGUCCCGACGAGCACGAAACCAUGAGUACUACGAGGAGGACCUCUACGAGGAAGAAAGCGAUACAUAUCGACGUCCGCGGCGGUCUCGACGCGAGCGCUUCGCUGAAGACGAUGAAUUGCACUACGGACGUCGAAUGUCCACCCCGCUUCCCGUGGAAGAGUUGGAACGCCUACACAUACGAGAACGGUCAAAGCCCGACUUUAUUCGCGAGAGCUUUGAUCCAUCGCGGAACCCUGGCCCCCUGGCUGUGAUGCGGGAGCGGGAGGAAAAUGAGAUGGACAUGCCUCCGCGCGAGACAUUGAGGGGCUACGAGUGGGACAGGCACGAGCGUCGUGAGCGACCUCGGCGUAGGAGAGCCGCUAAGGAGGAGGAUAUCUACUUCCAGGAGGAAUUGGAAAGACGGAGGUAUACAGGGGCCGAAUAUGAUGAGGGAGAAGCUGAGCUGCAGAGGGAAAGGCCGUCGAUACCGCGACCUAACUUGGAUAGCGAGAAGGAAUUUGUACGCUUACAUCGCGACAAGAAAGCGAAGAAAGGCUCGCGGAUGAAACACGCAGAACUUGAUAUUGAGCGAGAUGAGCUUUAUCGCCGUGGGUCUGACACCAGGCGGGAGCAUACCAGGCUCCAUAGUGAUGUUAGAGAACAUACACCAGCAGCACGCUUACGACCGAGAGUUCCCCGGCAGCCAGAUGGAGACGAAGAAAAUGAAGAGGAUAUCAUUAUCCGAAGAGAUGAGCGGAGGGGUCGAAGGGGCAGGUUCAAGGAAAAGGAAAAGAUUAGCAUGCGAGAAAGAGGAAUCUCGACGUCCCCGGAGUCGCCAAGUUCGAGAGAGCUUUCGCAGGUUCGGAAGUCUCAUGUUACAUCUGUUGAACGCAUGAGAAAUGGUUAUGAGUUGCCUCAUGCACCACUUGCACCCAGUCCAGAGCCUUCUUCUCCGAGUAGCUUCGAGGAGUUGGAGAUUCGUCACCGUACACGAGGACGCCCAAGGAAAGAGAAGAUCGUUAUAGAACGACGCAAUGAUACUUCACCUCCAUACAUACGUUCAUCUUCAGAAUCUGGCAACAAAAGCGAGGACGAAAUUGACAUCACUCGCGCGAAAUUAAAGACCUCAAACAGAAAAGAGGACGUUUUGAUUAUGGAACGUCAACCCCAACGCCACGAAAGUGAUGAAGAGGUCCAAGUCUUCGAGGAGGAACAGUACACCCGCCGCGAUUUGGGAGGGCCUCAGCGACGGAGCACACCCACAGUCGCUGUUGAAGAUAAAGCGAUAGUCCGGGUUGACUCAGGAAGCCAUGGCAGUGCAGACCAGGAGAUGCGACGGGAGCGGCGUGUAUCCACACGGCGAUCCCGAUCCAUCAAGGGCCACGGAAGACUGUCUGACGAGAACAUCGACCGCAAAGAUGGUCGAAUCGGACGGCGAUACAUUGGCGUAAAAGACAAGCGAGAUCGUCUCUGGACAGAAAUCACCAAGGACCUGGUGGUCAGGGAGGCCAUUGAGCGGGCCGGCUAUGAAUACGAGGAAACGGACUCGUUCUAUUACAUAUUCUCGUAUCUUGGAUAUGUGAGUCUAGGCCUUCUUGUGCAAACCCACACUUCCCCUUGUAGAUUUCGUGGCUUCCUCCGGCCCGGCUGACAGCUCUCCACGACCAUAGGACGAUAUAUCGGCCCUUGUCGCACUAUCGGAGGACAUCCGCCGUGCACGACGCCAACGAAUUCAGGAGAUCAGCAGGGAGCGAGCCUCCAUGCGUAUUCCAUUCGCACCUGAACCAGUCGCACCCGCUCCCGUGUUACCGGGGAGGCCGCCAUCUCCGCGUCUCCGACCUCGGGAUGAGCGGAGACUGAAGAAAGAGCGGGAGCUCAUUAUCGAAGAAGGACGAUGGAGACCAGGUCCAGCUCCAUUGGACAGAUGGUGACGGAGCAAGCUCGCUCCACC